AUGUCACACCAAACACUUGCAGCACAGUACCGAGAAGCGAGAGCACCAAUACUGAUAUUUAUUUUGUCGCGAUUGAAAAUGGAUGCCAAAUUUUGGAACAUCAUUGUCAUGGGUUUCGGUUACAUGUUGAUUUUUACCGCUUUCCAAACUCUUGGAAAUAUUGAAAAAAACUUACUUGCCAGUCUAGCUGAAGAGGAUAAAACUUUCAGCGGCGACGGUUUCAUUAGCCUUGCUAGCAUUUACGUUGUAUUCGCCUUCGCCAAUUGGUUGGCACCGUCAGUUUUAGCAGUUACUGGUCCUAGGAUAUCUAUCAUCUCUGCAUCGCUAUUUUUUUCGCUUUUCACCUUCAUAUUUUUUUUCACCUCUACCUGGCUGCUAUAUACUGUUGGUGUUUUAUUGGGUAUUGCGGCCGCGGUGGUCUGGACUGCUCAAGGAGUAAUUUUGUCUCGGUGUAGUGAUUCGGAUACCAUAGCCCGUAACUCGGGCCUCUUUUGGGUAAUGUAUGAACUUAGUUUCAUCUUCGGCAACAUGUUGGUGAUCUAUGAAUUUCGGAACAAAAAACAUAUCGAUGCCAAUGCACGGAGGGAGGUCGUCUGGUUUCUGACUGCCUCCUCAAUUCUUGGAACCCUAAGUUUAUUCGCCUUGCGAAAUGUUCCCAAAGAUACGUUUAACUCUGACGAAGAGCUACAGCAACCGGAACUUUCUUUCCUGGGUAGAGCAUGGUUUGCUUUUCGAACGGCCGUGCAACUAUUCGUGACACGCGAUAUGCUGCUCCUAAAUGUGACAUUUAUUUAUACAGGUCUAUUGACGACUUUCGUAACCGGUCUUUACGGAGCGAUAGUGGGAUUUACGAAGAAACUCGCUACUAAAGACAUUAUCGGGAUGGUCGGUAUUUGUAUUGGCGCUGGUGAAGUGUUUGGAGGUUGCGCUGCCACCUAUUUCGCUCCUAAAAUAAUACGAUAUGCCAUCGAUGUUAUAAUUCUCACUGGCUACGGAUUGCAUAUGUUUUCCUUUGCCCUAGUAAUGCUGAACUUACCCAAUAAAGCUCCUUUCGCUGAUACUGACGACGUUUCAUUUAUUGAUCCGCCACGAGUCUGGAUAGCCUUACUGUGCGCUUUUCUUACCGGCGUAGGUGAUGCCUGCAUUCAUAUUCAAAUAUAUUCGCUACUGGGCGUCAUCUACGCAAAUCAAUCAGCAGAAGCCUUUGCCAUAUUUACAUUUGUGGAUUCGUUGUCGGCGUCUAUUGCCUUCUUUUACGCGAUUGCUCUAGGCUUAUACGGUCAAGUAGCAAUUUUGAUGCUCUUUAGCACGUUAGGUUCAUUCACAAUUUGUUUCUUGAAGUGGAACUUAAAGCGACUGCAAAGCGUUAAUAUGACACCGUGA